AUGGUCCAUAAAGCAGAAUUUCUUCCAUCAACUGGAAACUCUAUUUCUUCAGUAUUACAAGGUGGUUAUAACCAUCCAUUAUCCAGAGAAUGGCAACAAGAUAAACAGUUGACUAAAAAUAUGUUCAUCUUACCAUUAUUUAUCACUGAUUCACCGGAUGAAGAAACUGAAAUCCCAUCAUUACCAAAUAUUAAACGUUAUGGUAUUAACAAAUUAAUUCCAUAUGUUAAAACUUUGGUUGAUAAAGGAUUACGUGCAGUUAUAUUAUUUGGAGUUCCUUUAAAAGAAGGUGUUAAAGAUCAUUUAGGUACUGCAGCUGAUGAUCCAGAAGGUCCAGUUAUUCAAGCAAUUAUUAAAUUAAAAGAAAAUUUCCCAGAUUUAUUCAUCAUGUGUGAUGUUUGUCUUUGUGAAUAUACUGAUCAUGGACAUUGUGGGAUUUUAAAUCCUGAUGGAUCUUUGAAAAGAGAUGAAUCAGUUCAAAGAAUUGCUGCUGUUGCAGUUAAUUAUGCUAAAGCUGGUGCACAUUGUGUUGCUCCUUCAGAUAUGAUGGAUGGUAGAAUUAGAGAUAUUAAAAUGGGUUUAAUGAAUGUUGGAUUAGAAAAUAAAUGUUUAGUUAUGUCUUAUGCUGCUAAAUUUUCUGGUAAUUUAUAUGGUCCUUUCAGAGAUGCUGCUGGAAGUAAACCAAGUCAUGGUGAUAGAAAAGCUUAUCAAUUACCACCAGGUGGUGCUGGUUUGGCUCGUCGUGCUUUAUUAAGAGAUAUGGAAGAAGGUGCUGAUGCUGUUAUGAUUAAACCAAGUACUUUCUAUUUAGAUAUUAUUAGUGAUGCUGCUAAAUUAUGUCGUGAUUAUCCAAUUUGUGCUUAUCAUGUUAGUGGUGAAUAUGCUAUGUUACAUGCAGCUGCUGAAAAAGGUGUUGUUGAUUUGAAAAGUAUUGCAUUUGAAGCUCAUCAAGGUUUUUUGAGAGCUGGUGCUAGAUUGAUCAUUAGUUAUUUCACUCCUGAAUUCUUGGACUGGUUGCAAAUGUAA